GCCACCGCCCCUCCCUCAGCGUGACGUCGCAGUUGAAGGGUCAGAGAGGCUGAGAUCCACAUGCAUGAUGUUGUUGAUGCUGGAGAUUUAAACACUUCUUUACCGCUGUUUUAUUGAGUCCUGAGGUGAAAUGAGGAACCUGAAGCUUCUGAAGAGUCUCCAGAGCUCAGAGCUGCAGAUCCUCGGCUCCCCGCUGUGUUUAUCUGUUCGCUCUGACACCGGGUCUCUGCUGGUGGCGUCUCAGUUCUGCAUCUCAGAGUACGACCCGCGCACCGGGCAGGUGGUCUCUGAGGCGUCUCUCACUGGUCUGACUGGUUUCCUCCCAGAGGAUGGCAGUGGGGGGGUGGUCGGGCUGCAGGAUCUGGCUGAACUGGAGUCAGCCUGUUUAGCCACAGCGGGGGGGGACGUCGUGCUCUUCAACUUCAACACCUGCCAGCUGGAGUGUGUGGGCAGCGUUGACAGCGGUCUGACAUCCAUGACCUGGAGUCCUGAUGAAGAGCUGGUGGUCCUCACCACCGGUCAGGAGACGAUCAUCAUGAUGACCAAAGAAUUUGAGCCGAUCACUGAGGUGGGAAUCCAUCAGGACGACUUUGGAGAAGGGAAGUUCAUCACCGUGGGUUGGGGGAAGAAGGAGACUCAGUUCCACGGCUCAGAGGGGAAAGAGGCGGCGAAGAAGAAGAUCCAGGAGGUUCAGCCGGCUGCAGAUUGGGACGACCGGCGUCCUCGGGUCACGUGGAGAGGAGACGGUCAGCUGUUCGCUGUCAGUGCCGUGUGCAAACAGAGCGGAAACAGAAAGGUCCGAGUCUGGAACAGAGAGGGAGUCCUGCAGGCCACGAGCGAGACCGUCAACGGGCUGGAGGCGCCGCUCUGCUGGAAGUAA